AUGGCACCCGCACAAGAACAAAACGGCAUCCUAGGCUACGCCGACAAGACCGGCGAGUACAAGCGCAAGGACUCGCAGUUCCGCAAUUUCGUGUCCAACGAGCCCGGCGCCGAGUUUCCGGCGGAGAAGGACCGGUAUCAUCUCUAUGUGUCGUAUGCGUGUCCGUGGGCGCAUCGAGCGCUCAUUGUGCGCAAACUGAAGGGGUUGGAGGAGAUUAUUCCUUACACUUCUGUGCAUUGGGAGAUGUUGGAGAAGGGAUGGCGCUUCGCCCAAAAAGACGAACAGCUCCCGGGCGACAACGUAACGCCCGAUCCCCUGCACGGCGAAGGCUUCACGCACCUCCGCCACGUCUAUUUCGACGUUAACCCCAACUACGAGGGCCGCUUCACGGUUCCCACGCUCUUCGACAAGAAGCAGAACAAGAUUGUGAGCAACGAGUCGAGCGAGAUCAUCCGCAUGUUCUAUCAUGUGUUCGACCACUUGCUGCCGGAGAAGUUCGUGAAGCUGGAUUUGCUGCCGGGGACGUUGAAGGGGGAGAUUGAGGCGACGAAUGAGUGGACUUAUAAUGAUAUCAAUAAUGGUGUCUACAAGAGUGGGUUCGCUACCGCCCAAGAAGCCUACGAGAAGAACGUAACGCAGCUCUUCAAAUCUCUCGACCGCGUCGAAGAACACCUGUCCAAAGCCCCCGGACCUUACUACUACGGCGACAAAGUCACAGAAGCGGAUGUCCGCCUCUAUCCCACCAUCAUCCGCUUCGACCCCGUCUACGUGCAGCACUUCAAGUGCAAUCUGCGCGACAUCCGCAGCGGGUAUCCCGCCAUUCACAAGUGGCUCCGACACUGCUACUGGAACAACGACGCGUUCAAGAGCACCACCGAGUUCACGCAUAUCAAGAACCACUACACCAAGAGCCAUAGGCAGAUCAAUCCGCCCUCCGUCACGCCUCUGGGCCCCGUGCCGAACAUUCUCGGCUUGGAUGAGGAGGUGCCUGCUGUCGCUGCGCGGAAGUAG